UAAGCAGCUACUUUAGCCUUCAGGCUGCGGACUGUAGUGGACGGGAGGUGCGAUGGAUGGAUGCUUUGCCCCGCUACGUUUUUCAUGAUUUUUCUUGGAUUAAACAGGAUGCUCCUCCCUAGACACCAGUCUCCCCUUAAUACACUCUGCACUGUUGUGGAGGGGUGCUAACUCGUAGCUUGGCGUUAAUAGAUGAUCAAGGAGCAAAGGAUUAACCCAAGCUGAGGCUACACAGCUAGCUCUUCUUUACUGUCUAACAUCACAUUCGUGUGUCUCCUGUCCCGGGAAUGUUCUCCAAAAAGCCUCAUGGGGACGUUAAGAAAUCAACACAGAAAGUGUUGGACCCAAAGAAGGACGUGUUGACAAGAUUAAAACAUCUAAGAAUUGUCAUAGAAAAUGCAGAGCCGGCUGAGUUGAAGCAGUUCUUCGACCUGAACUACUCUCAUAUCUAUUAUGUCUUCUUCGAGAACUUUGUCACCAUCGAGGUCAGCCUCAAGCAGAAAGGUCACAAGUCUCAGAGGGAGGAGCUGGACUCAAUCCUCUUCAUCUUUGAGAAAAUUCUCCAGUUGCUGCCAGAGAGAAUCCAAAGUAGAUGGCAGUUCCACAGCAUCGGUCUGAUCCUGAAGAAGCUGCUGCACACUGGGAACUCUCUAAAGAUCCGCCGUGAGGGCGUGCGCUUGUUCUUGCUGUGGAUGCAGGCGUUACAGAGUCAUGCGGAGCGCGAGCAGCUCUGCAUGUUUGCCUGUUUGAUUCCUGGCUUUCCAGCUCCUCUCUGCCACGGGACCCCGCGCACACUGGACACCCUGAUCAACCCGCCUCUGAGUUUAACAGAGACUCAGGUGACCCCAGAAGAGAUCACUCCAUUGGUUCCUCCUCAGUCAGGUGACAAGAACCAGGAAGACCUCACUGCUUACUUUCUAGAAGCACUCCUUAAAUACAUGGUAAACCAGGCCAAGUCUCUCGAGUGGCGUUGUAAAGACAACCACGAGCGAGGCUUCAACUUCCUCUUUGGUCACUUUAGGAAGUUUUACCUUCCUCACAUCUUUCCCAACUUCGCCAUGGAAACCAGCCUAUACAAUCCAAUACUAGAUGUGCCUCCGAUGCGUCCUAAGCCGUAUUACAGCGUGCUGCGAAGGGAGCAAGAUGGCGGCGAGCCAAUGUACUGCACCAAGGAGAGCUUCCUUCAGGCCCGGGUCAUCUUCAUACGCUGGCUGGUGUCCUUCUGGCUCGAGCCACGACCUAACACUCAAACACAAAUCCCAGGAACAGAGGGGGAGAACGUGCCAAAGAACAUACAGCGAGCUGCAGCAGGGCUGGCGGCUCGCUCUGCAGGCAGCUCAGACGACAGCGGUGGAGGUGGGAUGCGGUCUGACAGCCACCUGGAGGGAAGUGGAGGCUCGUCUGGGUCAGGUGGAGGCAGCAUGGGGAUGUCUGGGGGUUCAGGGAUCGGAGGUGAACCCGAACAGAGCCACUCCAACACCUCCACGCUCACCGAGAGGGAGCCCAGCUCCUCCUCGCUCUGCUCCAUGGAUGAAGAGCAGCUGACCGACAUGGAGGUGGUGAGGAGGGUACUCACCUGCUCCAGAACCAACGUGAACUUCAUCACCGAGAUCUUCAGACAGGCGUUUCUCCUCCCCAUGUGUGAAGCCGCAGCGAUGCGUAAAGUGGUCCGUGUUUACCAGGAGUGGAUCUCCAUGGAGGACAGGCCAGUAUUUAUGAAAGAACCAGAGGAGGGCCCCUAUCCCAUAGCCACAGGCGGCAGUCUGGACUCAGGCUCUCAGCACGGAGACAAGGACGAUGAGGGAAUGCACAAAGUGGUCGACAGUGAAUUGUUGGAGUACAGUGUUCAUGCUGGAGUUCAGACUACACUACAGGUAUUUAUCACCCACUCCUCAAACUGUUUCCUUUUGGAGCCAGCCAACGACAUCAAGAUCCUUUUAGAGGAGCAUGUGGACAUGUGCAAGCGAGUCCUGAACAUCUACCGCAGCCUCGUCAUGCACGAGACUAUGGACCAGAAGACAUGGGAGCAGAUUCUGUUAGUUCUGUUGAGGGUGACGGAGUCAGUGAUGAAGAGACCUCCAUCCAUCAUGCCCCAUGGCAAGAAGAGCACCACACUGUCAGGCAGGCUGGCUGGACCUAUAUUUCAGACUCUGAUAGUAGCCUGGAUUAAGGGGAACCUAAACGUUUACAUCAGCAGAGAACUGUGGGACGACCUCCUCUCUGUUCUGUCCUCUCUCACCUGCUGGGAUGAACUGGUCACCGAGUGGUCACUCACCAUGGAGACCCUCACCAAGGUGUUGGCCAGGAACCUGUACAGUGUGGAUCUGAACGAGCUCCCUCUGGACAAACUCAGCGAACAGAAACAGAAGAAACAUAAAGGAAAAGGUAUCGGUGCAGAGGGCCAACGGCAGAUAGUGGAUCGAUCAUUCUCCAAAGGAUGGAGCAGAGACCAACCAGGCCAAGCAGCCGCCAUGAGGCAGCGCAGCGCCACCACCGCUGGCUCACCAGGCAUCGAAAAGGCUCGGUGUAUGGUCCGCCAGAAGACUGUAGACCUGGAGGACCCACCAAUCACACUGACAUCCCGCACCUCUCGGAUGCGCCACUCCUCCCAGAGUGACGAGGCUCCGCCCACAUCCUGUUCCGAGGUCUUCCAGGUAGGGGCUUGUGACCUGGACCCCCCGGCACCCUCCUCCCUCGCUCGGAGCAGCAGUGCCUCUGACAUCAUGGAGCCUUUCAUUGCUGAGCGGGUCAAAGGUGAAGACCCCCAGGGGGAUGCCACUUCAAUCCCAAAUCCCCCCCAACACCACUCCACUACUUCUUUCUUACCUGCAGCCAACAGCCACGCCGCUCAACCACUCCCACACACCCCCACUGUACCCUUACCCACCCCUUUUACCCCCUCUGACGGUGUUAUCUCCUCGUCCUCAGAAGGGCAAGAUGAUGGUAGUGUUUAUGACCAGUUCUGGCAGCAGAUUGGCUCUCGGAGUCAAGGUUCAGGUUCUGAUUGGGUUAGCGACUGGGAUUCCGCAUUCGCCUGUCCAUUUGAGAAGGAAACUGAUGUAGAAGAAGGAGAAACUGGGGCAGAGGAGGAUGAUUUGUUCUCUUCCAUUAGGGACUACCUCACUCAAAAAGGAGGUGAGAAGAAGGAGGGAGGAGAAGGUGACGUUCCUGGUUUAGUAGUAGAAAACAGUGUUGUAACUGUACCGGUGUCUGUGCAGACGGGAGUAGCAAGAACGCAAAUGGAAUACGCAGGGCAGGUAGGAGAAGCGAGACAGGUGGUGAGAGAGGACAGACAGGUAAGUAAACCUGUGAGGCACAGCAGUGUGGACUCGACAGAAGAGAACGAGGCAGAGCAGCGGAGUAUCUAUGAGUGUCUGGAGCUGCAGUGUGAGUGGCCCUCGCCCAACUCUAAGGGGAGCGCUAGCUUAGAGAGACACACCGGGGAGAAAAAGGGAGGAGGAGCCACAGGAAGGGAAGCAGGAUGGGAAGGGAAAAGUGAUGUGUGGAAAGAAACAGGAGAAGAAACACAGAAUGAUAACGAGCCAAAAGAGAGGUCCAGUUCAGUUAGACAAGACCAGAACCCCAUAGAAUCCAGCACUGACUCAAACCAAACUUCUGACCCAACUAAAGCCAAAGUGUCUAGAAUCACCAAGAGGCAUCAUUUGAGCGGUGUUCAUGUCAGUUUCAGACCCUCCACUGAGUCAGUCCAGUUUCACAAUCCCCUUGAGAGUAAAGAGGCUCACUGGAAAGCCCGGCUGCGCCGCCUCAGUCACUUCCACACACACAGCCAUUCAGCAGGGGACAGGGCAGGGGCUGGAGCCGGUGCAGGGUCAGGGGCCAAAGCAGGAACAGGUGUUGCAGGUAAGUUUGUCUCUGCAGCCGGGCUCAGCCAUAGAGCAGGGGGGGCGCAUGAGAAACUGGUUUCUGGGGCUGUUGUAGAUAACAGCGUGGCAGGGAACGCAUCACUUUCUGGAGGCCUUGAAAACAGGGCUGGAACUGAAGGGGACUGGGACAAGCAACAUCCUGGUUCCAGUACGGGAUCCAACCCCGGUCCCGAGACUCACUCAGAGUCGUCGUCAAGCAGCUCGGGCUUCUCCGGCGUGUCGUCAGGGGUACGUGGCCGUUUGGGACGUUCGGCCCUGCGAUCUCGAGCGUCUCGCUCCAGGUCCCAGGAGCCCGGCAGCGCUUCCUCCAGACACCACCAGGGGGCUCUCCUCGGUGGCGUCUAUAAGAGCAUGGUUCACGCCCUGUCCUCAAAGCCCCGGCCCAGAGGUCAGGGCUCAUCCCAGGGCUCUUCGCCCCAGAGGCAGGGCCGGGCGGCCAUGGGCGACGCAUCGCUACGAGACCUCUACUCCCACGUCCUGGGCUACUUUGGACGAAAGACGACCCCGCCAGUCAAUAAAGAGGAAGUGGUCCAGAAGGCCCGUCCAGUCUCCAGCGACGUGGGAAGCAGCAACCCAAACUUCUCUGACCUCAUGGACGAGUUUAUCCAGGAGAGACUGAGGGCCAAAGGGACAGCAGGUCGCCGUGGCAGCAGCCCAGGAAGUCUGGAGGUUCCCAGGGACCUACCAGAGCUCCUGGAGGUGGGCCAGAGUCCUGGAUCCAGACCCUCAGAUGAUCCCCGUCCAAUCGAUGACCCGGGGGUUCCCUCCGAAUGGACAUCACCAGCGAGUGCCAGCGGUUCUGACGUCAUCAGCUCAGACAGCCAAUCAGACUCCUUUAAUGCCUUUCAGUACUCCACCUGCAAGUUUGAUAAUUUUACAUUCAGUUCAGAGGGCUGUGCAGGAGGCGCUGGAUCAGGAGGAGGCGGGGGAGGUCGAGGCAGCUCGCUGGACCAGGAUAGCCUGGGAGGAGGCGUAGCCUGUGACGAACAUGAAGUAGCGAGUUUGACAACACUACACCUCGACUCAGAGACCAGCAGCCUCAGCCACACGGUCACUGUCACUGGUUCUGAGAGUGCCUCUCCCAUGCAUUCUCUUGGGGGUUCUCGCUCUCAGACACCCUCCCCUGCCACGCUGACAGCAGAUCACACCGAUCACACACACUCCCACUCACACACACACCUACAGCUGGACCAGAAGCUCCACAACUCGGUCCUGCAGACUCCAGAUGACCUGGAAACAAGCGAGUUCCCCAGCGAGGACUGCAGUGUGAUGGCGGGCGGCUCGUUAACCGGAUGGCACUCAGAUGUUGCCACGGUAAUGUGGCGAAGGAUGCUUGGUAUCCUAGGGGACGUCAAUAGCAUCAAAGACCCAGAGAUCCAUGCUCAGGUCUUUGACUAUCUGUGUGAGCUGUGGCAAAACCUGGCCAAGAUUAGAGAUAAUUUGGGAAUUUCUCUGGACAAUCAGUCAUCACCUCCUCCUCCUGUUCUGAUCCCGCCCCUGAGAAUUCUCACUCCAUGGCUCUUUAAGGCCACCAAGCUGACGGAGCGUUACAAGCAGGGGAAGCUUCACGCCUACAAGCUGAUUUGCAGAAUAAUGAAGAGAAGACAAGAUGUUUCCCCAAACACAGACUUCCUCACACACUUCUACAACAUAAUGCACCAGGGACUGAUGCACCAAGACCAGGACAUUGUGAACACAAUCAUAAAACACUGCAGUCCCAGGUUCUUCAGUAUUGGACUACCUGGAGCCACGAUGCUGAUCCUGGACUUCAUCAUUGCAGCUUCCAGAGUCACCGUCUGCUCCUCGCUCAACGCUCCGAGGGUAGAGGCCCAGAUCCUGCUGGGUUCUUUGGUGUGUUUUCCAAACUUAUACGGGGAGCUUCCCGCCCUCCAUCCCACCACAGCUGACGUGGUGCUCACCAAGUUCCCCGAUGUCAAGGAGCACAUUAUCAAAACCAUCCUGACCUCUGCCAGAGAGGAACCCUCUGCUCCCGCGAGGUGUGUGGCUCUGUGCAGUCUGGGGAUCUGGAUGUCAGAGGAGUUGGUUCAUGGGACUCAACAUCCGCUGAUUAAAGACGCUCUCAACGUCCUCUGUGUUACUCUGAAGUAUCCCAAUAAGAAUGUGGCACUGGUGGCGUCGGACAUCCUUCACCUCCUGAUCAGUCAUGUGGAUCAUCUUCAGAAAUUCCCUCCCGACACUCCAAAGAAGAUCGUAGAGAUUUUAAUCGCCACCAUCACAUACCUGCUGCCUACCACCGAGACUUCUCCACAUGAGCUGGACAAGAGGCUGGUGGUCUCCCUUCUGUUGUGCCUGUUGGACUGGGUGAUGGCUCUUCCUCCUAAAGCUCUUCUUCAGCCUGUUCAAACACGAAGCCCCCCAGAGAAGGACCAGCCCACCAAGACUCUGCUCAGCUGUAUUUAUAAGGUGUUGCAUGGCUGUGUGUAUGGAGCGCAGUCUUUCAACAGUCCCAAGUAUUACCCGCUGCAGCUGUCGGACCUGCUGAGUCCAGACUACGACCCCUUUCUGCCAUUAGAGAGCCUCCGGGAACCAGAACCUCUGCACAGCCCGGACUCUGAACGCUCCAACAAACUCCAGCCCGUCACUGAAGUGCGCAGCCGUAUCCAGCAGGGCCUUGUUUCCAUUGCAGCCAGAACAGUCAUCACACACUUGGUCAACCAUCUGGGACAUUAUCCAAUGUCCGGAGGGCCGGCUACUCUUUCCAGCCAGGUGUGUGAAAACCAAGACAACCCGUUCUGUGAGAGUGCAGAUCUUGGACCGGAGCUUUUCCAUUCACCAAACCUCCAGUUUCUGGUAUUAAAUGGAUCCACACUGCUCUCAGUGUAUCAGAUCCGAUCAGAGUCCGGCGUACCAGGAGGCGGAAUGACCGCUGGAUUGUCUUCUGCUCCCGCCUGCGUCCGCGUCAUCAUCCGAGAUGUGGCCGGCAAGCACUCCUGGGACUCUGCUGUCCUCUACGGGCCUCCCCCAUGUUCCCCCGGCAGCCCGACACACACAUUUUUCCCACACACACAAUCGCCUCACAGUGCAAAUAUUAAUUUACGUACUCCUCCAGGAGGUCGACUGAAAAGAAUAGAGGUGAAGAGAGAGGACAGCGAAGAGGAGGGGUCAGAGGAGAGGGAGGCAGAGGAUGGAGAAACAGGGAUGGAGAGUGAAAGGGUAGAGGAUGAAGAAGAAGAAGAGGAGGAGGAAAGGAAUGUUAGUGAGGAGGAGAAGGGAGAGGAAAGAGGAGGUGAAGAGGAAGAGGGGGAGCAGCAGCAGCAGGAGGAGGAGGAGGAGGAGCUUAAUGAGCAUAGGAUGGAUGGUGAGGAGGAGCAAGGAGAGUCAGGCUUCCAACAGAUUCUAGCUCCCCCAUUGGCUAAACGGGUGUGUCGGGAGGCGGUGCCAGCGUGGGACUCGCUGGCGGAUGGAGACGAUGCACUGGAUGAGAUGCUGCAGUACCUGGGAUACUCCAGCCCCGAGUGUCUACAGAGGGCAGGGAUGCCACUCAACAUCCCAGCGCCUCCUCCAGUGUGUGUUUCAGAGAAGCAAGAAAACGAUGUGAUCAACGCCAUCCUGAAACAGAGCGCAGCAGAAAGAGAGUUUGUCCUUCAUAGAGGUGAGGAGUUGAACAUGAGGGCGGUGCAGCAGACUGAACCAGAGACUCAGACACCACAGUCAGCCUUCUACUACUGCAGACUACUGAUCAACAUACUGGGACUCAACUCCUGGGAGAAGAGGAGUAACUUUCAUUUGUUGAGGAAGAACGAGAAGUUGCUGAGAGAGCUGAAGAACCUGGACUCACGGCAGUGCCGUGAGACUCAUAAGAUCGCUGUGUUUUAUGUGGCUGAGGGUCAAGAGGACAAACACUCCAUACUUACCAACACAGCGGGCAGCCAGUCUUAUGAAGACUUUGUGUCUGGACUCGGCUGGGAGGUUGACCUCACCACUCACUGUGGCUUCAUGGGAGGUCUUCAGAGGAAUCGCAGCACAGGCCAGACUACACCUUACUAUGCCAACUCCACCACCGAGGUCAUCUACCACGUCUCCACCCGCAUGCCCCACGACCAGGACCACAACCUCACCAAGAAGCUGAGACACCUGGGGAACGACGAGGUCCACAUCGUUUGGUCAGAACAUUCCAGAGACUACCGCCGCGGGAUCAUCCCCACUGAGUUUGGAGACGUGUUGAUCGUCAUCUACCCCAUGAAGAACCACAUGUACUCCAUCCACAUACUCAAAAAACCUGAGGUGCCAUUCUUUGGUCCUCUGUUUGACGGGGCCGUUGUGGACAUGAAGAUUUUGCCAACCAUGGUCCGAGCCACAGCUAUCAACGCUAGUCGGGCGCUCAAAUCCCUCAUUCCCCUGUACCAAAACUUUUAUGAGGAGCGUGCCCGAUACUUGGAAACCAUCGUGCAGCACCACCAGGAGCCGACCACAUUUGAGGACUACGCAGCCCGAGUCUACAGUCCUGCUCCCUGCACACACCUGCCCUCUGACACAGGCUCCUGCCUAGAGAUUCUUCGGGGAGAAAGUCCGGCUCUUGGGGAGGCCGGGAGCGACUCGGCGUCCCCCAUGUCCCCUCGGACUAGCAAGAGCCGCAUGUCCAUGAAGCUGCGACGCUCCUCUGGAUCAGCCAAUAAGACUUAAGAUUCUUCAGACUACACAGACACUUCAGCAUGAGACACUUGGCUCUUGAAAACGGUUUCUCCAGAGGAAAAUCUGGUCCCAUAUUGAACAAUUGUACAUGACACACAUUGAAUUUAAUGGCAGGAGUUUAACAAAGUUCUGAACAAACAUUGGAAACGCUUUCUAAUAGUAUUCUGUGGACUGUAUAAUACCAUGAAUUUAUUCUGAAACUGCUCACUACUUCUGAUUUUAUCCUAAGCUUUGCUGUCUCAAAACACUUGAACCAGUAAGGUGCUACAGCAUGCUGAACCAGUGCAGCCUAAGCAGUGCAGUAUUAGUUCUUAAUAAUCUGUGCCAUGAUAGAAACUGCUCAAAAUGUAAAACGUCAGUGUGACAAGGACUGCAAAAACUUUAGUGCGCUGGAGAUCAAAAGAGAAACAGAAAGGCUUCAGAACACCGCUGUGGAGAAUCUGUAUAUUUGUACUGUAUAGUUGCUGCAUGUGUGUACAGAAACAUGAGUUUUGAUACUUACAGAAUGAAAUCAAAAGAGUUGCACAAAGAAAGCAAGAUUUAAAAAAAAGUCUAUUUUUGUUGUCAGAGCAGGAAACAGGACAGAGGGUCAUUUUCUUUUCAGUCCUCAAUGUAAAUAGAAAAUUUCAUUUUGCUAACGACAAAAAAGUUACUGUUUUUUGUUUUUUAUGUAGAAACACUCUGAAGCCCCAAAAUGUUCCAGAAGAAAAUCCCUUCCUGGAGUAAGUGGGACUGAAAGAUGACCCUGUUGAGAGGAACAGUGUUAGAGUCUCGAUUUCUAGAAAGUAAACGGGAUAAAUUGAUCAAAGUGGAAGCACUUGUUAUAUAUAGUUUAGGUUUUUUUUUGCUCAUGCUGUAAAAUGUUCUGAAGCACUGAUGUUAUUGAGUCUUUUUCUUUUUGUUCAUUUUUUGAAGACGUAGCUGUUGAAUCUGUUUCGACCCAGAUAAGAACGUUGCUGUAUUUUUAAGUUCAGUGUCACUCCAUCAUCUGAUACAAUGGAACCACAGCUUUCCUUUCUUUUUGUAUUUUGACUUUAUGUUUUCUGUAUAUCUAUACAUGUAUGAGUAUAAAUAUAUAUAUAUAGUAGAUAUAUGAGUAUCUUUAUGAAUGUGUACAGUGUGAAAAGGCUUGUUGUGUAAAUACUCUUAUAUGAGAAUAGCUGCCAAAGCCAAACUGUGGUUUAACCUCAGACAGCAUAUCUGCUUCAAAUAUGUCGACACUACAUGAUUUUAUGCUUCUGUUAUUUUCUUUUUGUUUUCUUGGAAUUCAAAGGUUUUUUCAUUGCAGAUUAAACCCCCUUCUCUGUGUUUGUAUAUAAAUAAUCUUAGCACCAGAUUGGGCAGUUCAAGGAGAAAGAUUUCAUAUUCUGUGUUUAAACAUAUUGGCAUGUUAAGAGGAGGAUGGAUGGUGUAAAAGUGUAGUAGAACCAACUACAAGCCAAAAACAGGAGAAAGGAGAUUUCAUCAUAUCUCCUAGAGGUGAAAGGUUUUGUGUUUCUUCUUUUUUGUUUUUCACUCCUUGUGUAUUUUGACUCGUCCCCCCAGCUCCAGUUCCUGAUGGAGGGGGAUCAGCAUGUGAUCCAGAAAGUUUAACACUAACAUAGAUGACUUGUAUGUAUUUAACACCAUCAUUUCAGCUCUGUCAGUUCAACUCAACUCAAAUAAAACUGGCAAGGACUCAAAUUAGCUCACAUCGUUCUUACUUCAGGUUUUUCUUAACACUGUUAGAGUUUGGUUUAUAAGGAUUCAACAUCCUUCCAUUUAUUUUAAUGAUGGCUUGUUUUUCUUACAUCGCCAUUAUUUUUAUUUUAGCUUUUUUUUUUAUUGAGCUUAGCUGCUUUCACUUGGUGUAUUCACGGCUGUCUCUUCUGUUACUGAUGUUUGUUUGUUUUUUCAGCCAUAGCUCUUUAGAGAGGAAAGGGAUUUUUUUUUUACUCUGACCCCUCUCUGGGUUGAAAUUUAAAGUUCACUUAACUAAACUUUGCCGUUAUAGUUUGAGGUAAAAGUCACGUUCUGUCACUCUGUGGGAAUAUUUGAAGUCAUUUAAGGUUUAAAGGUUGCCUCUUCAAAUUGUUGCUGUUACACUUAGUAUUGAUGAGGUUGAAGCACAGUUGAUUAUUUGAGGCAGUUGGUGGAGUAGAGUCGACCCCCUGCACUCUCAGACAGAUCUCUACACGCUCGCCUGCAGUGUGUGUUGGAUCUCUGUGCCAGUAGCUACACCUCGCAGUUAUAUACUUCAGGAUUAUUUCAACUGCAAACAAACAUAACAGGAGUCAUGAUUCUGAUUUUAGAUCUGAUUAGAAAAGAUAGGAAGUUUACUUUAACAUUUGUUUUACAGACUCAGGAGGUUUCAGAUUAUGAAAUUUGGACCUCUUGUCUGGACUGAGCUCAAAUGUACGCCCCUUUAAUUUUUCUUUUUAAACCCCAUACUGAAGAAGCCACAAUGAACAAAGACGCUGAUAUACCCAAAGCGUUUUAAAAAAAUAUACAUUAAAGUCACAUCAGCUACACUCCAAGCUCUGCCUGGAGGAUUGUUAAGUAGAAUUAUUUUUCAGCCUUUUUCACCGGGAUCAUUGUUGUCUUCUGCAGGCAUAUCAACCACAGAAAGAAAGCCCUUCAUAUUGAAACAUUAAGAACUUCUGAUGCUCUGAACAUGCAGCCAUGAUGGAUACGGGUUCAGCUGUUGUCCAGAUGUUUGUUUGGGACAAAGCUGAUGUUUGUAACUACUGACUGUACAUACUGCAUGACACCCGUUCAGUACUAUCUGCAUGUGUUUAAUAACAGCUGUAUCACAAUACACACACACACACACACACUCCUCAAACGAUGUUACUGUCAGACCUGUAGUGUGUACACAUUCAGUGACUCUUUUUGGAAACAGAGAGUGUAAAUGUGCGAUGAUGGAAUUUGACAAUAAAUGAUUCCUACCACUGA